CUCAACACAACAAACAACCACCUCCACUUCCUAAGUCAGAGCCCCCAGAAAUGUUUCUCCUAGAAGUCGAACGCAAAUUCCGUCGCCUAGCUGUGAAGAGCCUCCUCAUUGACAGCGGCCACCCGUUCUUCACCAGCCUCCAGUACCGCGGCAAGCAAACCAUCCACGACACCUACUACGACUCCGCCCACUUCCUCUCCUCGAAAGGCGUCUGGGUUCGCCGACGCGACAACAACUGGCAAGCCAAGAUCCGGCGCGGUGGAGACUACUUCAACUCGAAGUUCGAGGAGCUGUCCACGCCGGCGGCCAUCUCAGCCUACUUGGCCGAGCUUACGGGAACGAGAGCCAACGCAGCAGAGAACUUUGGACUGCAGCCAAUGGCGGUGGUCGCUCGGAGGGUGAGGUUGAGCGGUGCAGAGCGGAGAAGAUGGCGGAGAUGGAUGAGAGAAUUACCGCGUUUAUGA